AUGUAAUGCGGUCGUUAGCCCACUACUCGCUACAGGCCAAAAGAAUACCGUAAAUUUUAAUACCGCGCUAUGACCCGUAAAAAAAAAGUUAAAUAAUUAUUAAAAAAAUACUUAGUAUACUGAGUGUGAAAAAAUUAAGCCCUCUCCAAUGCUGACGAUGGAGAGCCAAAUAGGAACGAGUGAAUCUGUUAUCGAGCCAGAGCUUUACUACCUAAUUGCCAAAUUCCUCGAGGCGGGACCCCUUCGUGACACUGCCGAGGUCCUCAAGCGGGAAUUGGAGCGAGCCAAGAUAUUGCCACAAAGGCUUGACUGGGAAGGAAAUUCUCAUAAUCAAGGGUUUGCAGAGUUGGAGAGAAAAUAUCCACAUAUAAGUAGAGAUCAUUUGCUGCGAGUAUGUGCAAGAAUUGGUCCAAUACUGGAGAUAGAGGUGCCACCAUGUGUACCUGGUGCAGUGUCUCUACUGGGUGCUGGCAAGCAGUCAAUCCUCCGAACAAAAGAAGAUCUUUUGAAGCAUUACCGAGGGAUCACUGGCUACUCGAGUCGCCUAGGAGGUCAACCACUCCUGGAGCAGCCUGGUUCGCUGCUCACUCACAACAUUGUGCGAGCCCUUCAGGGUCGAGAAAAUUCGGGUCCCCUGUGUCGACGCGAGGCAAUCCCUACAAAAUUCUACUCAAAAAUGCAACUCUACAGACACACACUGGGUCACCUCUCUGCCGUUUACUGCGUUCUUUAUGAUAAAACCGGUAAAUAUGUUAUAACUGGAGCUGACGAUUUACUGGUAAAAGUCUGGAGUUCCAUGGACGGAAGGCUCCUUGCGACUUUCAGAGGUGCAUCAGCAGAGAUCAUGGACAUUGCCGUUAAUUUCGACAACUCGUUACUCGCAGCUGGAAGUCUCGACAAAAUCCUCAGAGUGUGGUGUUUUCAGACCAUGUCCCCAGUGGCCGUUCUCUCAGGCCACUCUGGCAUGAUAACGUCUGUUAAUUUUUGUCCCAUAAAGUGCAACGGUGUUUACUAUCUGGUGUCAACGAGCACCGAUGGAUCCGUGGCCUUCUGGUCGUACAGAAAGGAGAGACAUGAGAGGGCAGUAUUUCAACCAAAACCAAUUCAAUACCACGAAAAAAUGCGUCCUGGUCAGGCCCAGAUGAUCUGCGCCUCCUUCAGCCCUGGUGGUGCCUUUAUGGCUGCAGGAUCUGCUGAUCACCAUGUCCGAGUGUACGCCAUGCUGGGAGACGAAGGCCCCAGACGAGUCCUUGAGGUCGAGUCAAACUCAGAUACCGUCGACAGCAUCCAAUGGGCACACAUGGGCCUCAAAUUCAUCUCAGGAUCCAAGGAUGGCACUGCAAAUGUUUGGCACUUUGAGCAGCAACAGUGGCAACACAAACGCCUUCUCAUGACCACUAGACUACCCACGGAGCCGGAAACCGAGGAGGACUUUAACAAAAAGGCCAAAGUAACCAUGGUGAGCUGGGACUGCAGCGACGAGUGGGUAAUCACAGCUGUCAGUGACUUUUCUCUAAAAGUGUGGAAUGCCAAAAGCGGUGAGCUUGUGAAAGUACUUCGUGCUCACAAAGACGAAGUUUUUGUCCUGGAGUCCCAUCCAAUCGAUCCACGAAUCGUUCUGAGUGCUGGCCACGAUGGACAAUUAAUAAUCUGGGAUGUUUUGAACCCAGAACCAUUGGCUGUUUUUCAGAAUUUUAUUGAAGGGCAGGGUAAUGGGGCUGUCUUUGAUGCCAAGUGGUCACCUGACGGUACGAUGCUUGCAGCAACAGACUCCCACGGGCACUUAUUGAUGUAUGGAUUUGGUAGUGUCAGUGACAAACUCAAGAUCAUACCCAAGGAAUUGUUCUUUCACACUGAUUAUCGACCCUUGAUUAGGGAUAAUAAUAACUACGUGCUUGAUGAGCAGACGCAGACAGCUCCUCACCUGAUGCCUCCACCAUUUUUGGUAGAUGUGGAUGGUAAUCCUUAUCCGCCAGCACUACAGCGUCUGGUACCAGGGAGAGAGAAUUGUCGAGGGGAACAAUUGGUACCGAAUAUUGCUGUAGGUGCUGGGGGCAUGCAAGAGGUAAUCGAGGGUCUUCCUAACCAACUCCCUCGUUCUGAUAUCGAUAGGUUGAUCGAGGCACUGGCACAGAGACAGAAUAUUAUUGGUGUGGAGAAUGACGAUGAACGAGAGGAGAAUCGUGAGGAACAUCAUGUGGAGCAGUUGAGAGCUGUGGGGAUAGCAAGCCCUAGGGGUAGUCGUCCGGGACUUCGACGAGAUGGCGAUGUCGAGGGUGUGAGACAGAGCAGUGGCAAUUGGCAAAGGGAUAACACCACACCGUGGAAUAAACCAAUCCUGGCUCAACCUCUCAAUCCAGCCGUCAAAGUAACACAACUUAAGCAGCUUCAAGGGAUGGCUGACCUAGAGCUUGACAACUGGAGGAGGGAGAUGAAGAGACGACCACUGACGAAUCCCGUUGAGAUUGAGGAACGCCUGAACAAUCGGGCCAAUACCAGGAAAAGAAAUCGUGGUAUCAGACAUGGUUAUAGAACUAGGGCGACUCGAGAGGAGCAAGAAGAGGAUUAUGAUGAGGAGAAUGGCAAUAGCAAUAGCUCAAUGACCAGUAACACCAAUGACUCGACUGCUGAUGAGGUUGAUCUCUGUUCAGAAACGUCGUCGGACACUAGCAGUGUUUAUUCCGACUGGAUCGCCGAUCAUGGAGUUAAUCUUGAGCCCCCAAAAAGAAGUAAAAGAAAACCUGUGCAGAAAAAACGUUCACCAACACCUCCAACAGACUCUGAGGUGCGGAGAUCCCAGCGGCCGAGAAAAAAAAUCAUUCAUCUGCCGAAUGGAAUAUCAGAGGUGCCAGAGGCAUAUAGACCUUCUGAAUGGCUGACUGAGGUAAUCCCGAGGAAGGCACCUUACUAUCCACAAAUGGGAGAUGAAAUCGUAUAUUUUAGACAGGGUCACAGUCUCUACCUCGAUGCAGUGAGAAAUAAAAAGGUGUAUGAAUUGGGACCUAGAUGUGAGCCCUGGACAAAGACAAACUUACGUCCCCAGGAGUUCGUCAAGGUUGUUGGGAUAAAAUAUGAAAUUCGUCCACCUAGGUUGUGCUGUCUCAAGCUAGCACUGAUGGAUGAGGAUGGAAGAUUGACUGGAGAAAAUUUUACCAUAAAAUAUCACGAUAUGGCAGAUGUACUAGAUUUUUUAGUCCUCCGGCAGACGUUUGAGAAUGCUCUGCAGAGGAGUUGGUCUGAGGGGGAUCGAUUUAGAUGCAUGAUUGAUGAUGGCUGGUGGAUGGGACAAAUCGAGUCAAUGGAACCUUUGGAUGAUGAUUUUCCAGAAUCGUAUUUUAUGUGCUUCCGAGUGAGGUGGGAUAAUGGGGAGUUCGAGCGAAUGAGUCCCUGGGAUUUGGAGCCAAUCGAUGAGGACAGAUUGCCCACGGAAAUUGGAGGAGCUGUUCCAGUGUUACCUGAGGAGAUCCAGGCUACUCUGUAUCAACCGCAGGCUGAGGAGUGGCCGAUGGGGGAUAGGGAAGCCACUUGCAGAAGAAUUGCAAGGGGAAUUGAUCAAGUUAUGACUCUGGCGAUUGCUGAGCACUUUAUAACCCCAGUGGACCUCAAUAUUUAUCCGACGUAUGCCUUUUUCGUGGAGUAUCCCAUUGAUUUGAGCACCAUCAAGGCAAGACUGGAGAAUCAUUUUUACAGGAGAAUAACGUCUGCUCAAUUUGAUGUUAGGUAUCUAGCAACUAAUGCUGAGCAGUUUAACGAGCCUCACAGUCAGAUUGUCAAGGCUGCUAGGAUCGUUACUGAUUUGUGUCUGAGAAUUAUCAAGGAAACCACUGAGGUCGAUGUUCCUGCUGUUUAUCAUCAGCUUGCUGACACGUAUCAUUCUUCGGAUUCUGAUAUUGAUGUUGAAGAUCACAAUAUGCCUUCUACGAGCAGGCAGAGGACUCGCUCCAGUAGGAACUUGAGAUCUCAGCAGGAGGUUUGUGUUGAUUGGAAGGUGGCUUGUAGGCAGCUGCUGGAGGCUCUGUGGCAGUGCGAGGAUUCCAUUCCAUUUCGAGAACCUGUCGAUACCAUGGAGCAUCCUGAUUAUCACCAAAUCAUUGAUACACCCAUGGAUUUGAGGACUGUGAAGGAGGAUUUGCUUGGAGGUAAUUAUGAGACUCCUCAGGAAUUUUCCAAGGAUAUGAGGCUCAUUUUUACCAAUAGUAAAAAUUAUAAUACCAAUAAACGCUCGAGAAUCUACGCUAUGACAUUAAGAUUAUCAAAUUUAUUCGAAACUCAAAUGAAGAAAAUAGUUAACAAUUGGAAAUCAGCUAAAAGACGAAGUGAGAGCACUAGACCAAAAAGUAGAACGAGAGCUCAGCCAAGAUCGUCUAAAACUCGGUUAACCAAUGGAGCAGGCCCUUCGAAACCAAGCCAAGACAGUAGUGAUGAAGAUGAGGAAGAAGAGGAUGUGAAUAAUGUCAAUGAUGAGGACUCCGAGGAUGAUGAGGAAGAGGAGGAGGCUAAACAUCCAGCGCCACCGAAAAAGAGAUUGCAGAAUUUCGAUGAUCCAGGUCCCUCGAGGGUAACUAACGGCCACGUGAAGCCACCCACUACCUCUCGUCCAACACGUCGAAACACUCGAAACACUCCGAGGAAAUCGCAAGCAAGUGACAGUGAAGUUUCCGAAUCUGAAGCCUCCCUUGAAAGUGAAUCCAGCGACAGUGCCCCAGUGCGUCGCAAAAGGACUCGAAAACAAACAACAAGUGAUGAUGUGGGAAGUGACUCUGGUGAAAGUUACAAACCAAGUGGUCGCGGCAAACAGACUCGUAAAAAUCGUGCGAAAAACAGUAAAAAUCCACGAACAGUCAAUCGUCCAAAGCCCAAGUACGUUCCUCAGGACGAUGACGACGAGGAGGAGCACAUGCUGGAACCUGAGAAUUCUGAAGAAGAGGAGGAGGAGGAGGAAGAGGAGGAGGAGAGUGAGGAAGAGGUUAUGCCGAGAAACACGACGCGAUCGCGAAAGAUGCCUCCAGUACAACAGAGAGUGCCUCGGUCCGUCUCAGAUGAGGACGAGAGUGACGAGGGCUCGUCAGGAAGCACUGCUUAUGGCUCCCAGAGGCAAAACACUCUCGAGAGUCAUCACGACACAAAUAGCAGCGACUCAGAAGUGAUGAACAAUCGUCUGAGGAAUCACAGACCACAGAAAAAAAUUCACACUGGGCUGAGUGAUGAUUCAGAUCCCGACGAGGUAAUUUCACACUCACGAAGAACAGUGAAACGGCCAAGGUACAAUGAGGAGAGUGAUGAUAGCACUACAGCACCAGUUAGAAAUAGACGUAAGAUUAAAAGACGUUAUUACAAUGAGGAGAGUGAUGAGAGCACACCAGAGCCGGGCGUUAGUAUAAGCAGUAGGGGACGCGUACGCAAGUUGACCCCUAGAGCACGUGCUUUUCUACUCGAAUCACCUUAACGGCCUUUUAUUUAAAUAAUUACGUUACCUGUAUAU